GCUGCGGUUUAUUUACGUUUUAUCCUAACCUAACUCACAAACAUCUGACUAACCUUUCUUGAUGUGACAGUUCAGAUGACAGAUCGCUGUAUGCAACCAUUUGAUUUAAAUACUACGAGGCUUCCAAACAAUAGGAAUAAUUAAAUGAUGAACGUUCAAAUAAGACACCCUUACGAGGGUUUGUUACAUAAGUACACAAAUGCCAUGAAAGGAUGGCAAUACCGUUGGUUUAUCCUUAGUCCUGAGACUGGUGAACUACACUAUUUUCUUAGCGAAUCCGAAAAGAAUCAACGACCAAGAUGCUCAAUAUAUUUAGCAGGUGCGGUAAUUGCACCAAGUGACGAAGAUUCUAAUACGUUUACUGUUAAUUCUGCCACAGGUGAUAUGAUUAAAUUGAGAGCUACAGAUGCCCGUGCUCGUCAAGAAUGGGUUGAUAAAUUACGUGCUGUGACAGAGAUGUAUACCAGGGCAAUAGCGAGCAGUCAUCCUCCUUUGCCUCCAAGAGAACAUUCGGCAAAUGCCAAUAGAAAUCCAGUGGCUAAAUUAGAAGUAUUAGAUGCAUUUGCUAAUUGUCAGGAACAAUUAAGCAAAGUAGAGAAACACAACCAUGCGUUAGCACAAACUAUUGAGAAUUCGAAUUUAAAUUUAGAUCCAGACCUAUUAGUCCUUAAGGCUACUGCAUACACUACAUUACACACAUUAAGUCAAUGUUUGAAUAUAUUAUAUCAGUAGUUCUUUACUGAGAAUCUUAUUAUCACUGAUAAAAGACUCAGAGAUUUUUUAUCUACA